CCAUGCAGAGAAGGAACUGUAAACGACAGAGAUCGAUGUCUAGCGAUACAUCUCCCUCAGAGCUGUUUACGUCACAUGCUGCCAAUCUACUGGAAAAGAUGGUCGAAUUCAGACACUCAGGAGCUCUCACUGAUGUAAACUUGCUCGUCGAUGGCUGCACCUUUGAGGCUCACCGUCUUGUACUAGCUGCUGCUAGUCCGUACUUCGCAGCAAUGUUUGCUAGCGGGAUGACAGAGGCAGGACAGAUGAAAGUGGAAAUGGAGGGCGUCGACUACGUUGCAAUGGAAAUGCUUCUGAACUAUGUCUAUACUGCGGAGGUUGUUCUCGACGAGUCUACCGUGCAGAGUGUUCUUUCUGCAGCGAGAAUGCUGCAAAUGGAUGUAAUAGUGGAACAAUGUUCUCGUUUUAUUGCUGACUGUGUGAAUGCUGAGAAUUGUCUCGGAAUAUUUCGGUUUGCUGAUCUACACAGUUGUGUCAGUCUGGCUAAAACAGCAUGGACAUACGCUGUUGAACAUUUCGACAAUGUUUCGAAUGGAGAAGAAUUUUUGACCCUAGAUUAUGAAACUUUGUCCAAAUUGCUGGCAGAAGACAGUCUUAACAGCGACGGUGAAGAAAGAGUGUUUCAUGCAGCUUUUGAUUGGCUACAGUAUGAUAAAGAAUCACGCAUUGCGCUUACUGCAGAUCUUCUACAACAUGUUCGUUUGUUGCGCUUGUCGUGGGCGUUCUUGGUUGAACACAUAUUAACCAACGAUCUCAUUGCUGGUAGAGAUGACUGUCAGUCGGUUAUUGAAGAAAUCAAGGUUUACCACUUUACGAAACAGACCAAAUCGCAUCAGAUUCAACCAAGGAAUUCAUUUAGCAGCAACAAAUGUAUCUAUGUUGUGGGUGGAGAAGCUCGUCCAUCGCGUGCUGUAUUGAAUACAGUCAGCACAUUCAAGCCAGACACGCGUGCCUGGAAGUCAGUGUGUCCGAUGACUGUGUGCCGUCGUGGAGCUGGUAUUGCCAUUUUGGGUAAUGUGCUCUAUGUAGUAGGUGGUAGUGAUGGUCAACAAGCUUCGAGUUCUGUUGAAAUUUAUAACCCAGAGAAGGACACAUGGUGUUCGUGCCCUCCAAUGAAUGAAGCGAGGAGUAGUGUUGCAUGUGGAAUAGUCAGAGGUGAGAUGUAUGCUGUUGGUGGUCAUGAUGGACAUUCACAGUGUCUUAGUUCCGUUGAGAAAUACAACCCAAAAACCGAGACUUGGACAAUCGUUUCACCUAUGACGAGUCAACGAAGUAUGCUUGGUGUAGCCGUUAUAGAUGAAAUACUGUACGCUAUUGGUGGAUACGAUGGAUCAACUGACAUUCGUGUGUGUGAGAAGUAUGAUGGUGAUUGCAAUUGUUGGAUUCCUAUUGCAUCUAUGCAGUCAUGCCGAUGCCUAGCAGCAGUUGCUGCUCAGUGUCAAACCAUUAUUGCAGCUGGUGGGACAAAUCAGUCACAGCUGCUAGAUUCAGUUGAAUUCUAUAUCACAAAAACAGAUUCUUGGGUAUUUAUGACAAGUUUGAGACAAUGUCGUAUCGGAGCAUCACUGGUUGCUUUUGAAGAUGAUUUAUAUAUCUUGGGAGGACAAGAUGAAGUAGGUACCGUUGACAUGUUUGACAAGAAGGAGAAAAAGUGGGUUGUCGUGGCUAGUAUGGAAAGCAGUAGAAGGCGAUUUGGGUGUUGUGGUAUGACAUAAGAUAGGAGACUACUGUAGUAAUGUAUACAGCAAGCUUAGUGUGACUGGUUUUGAUUGGUUGUUUGAUGUCAUGCAUGUUCUAGUAGGAGCACAAAGUUUGAAUUAUGUCUAAAUGAAAGUAGCAAUGGGUUUUAGCAAUUUUUAGCAGAAGCAGUCAUGUGUUAACUUAAAUCAUAUAUACAAAUUGCAAAGA